UUCCGUCUGCUGAGAAGAAGAACGAGGCCCGGUGACCGUGAGUUGUUUGUCAUGUCAGAAGAAGGAGAAACGUGCUGAGCUAAAAUGAUGAAUUUAUCUGCCUUGGUGCACAGCCUCCGGUGUUCCCUGCUGCGCAUUGAAAGCAGACUUCUCCAGAUAACCGGACCGGAAACCCAGCUGGGUCCAUGUGUGGCAGUGAACGGCCCCAGCCUCCUGCCCCGGAUCGACCAGGAGCCCCUGCAGGGUGACGAUGAGGAGCAGAGCCCCGAGCAGACCUCGGGCCUCCUGGACAGCAUCCUGUGGAUGGCGGCCCCCAAGAAGAGACGCACCAUAGAGGUCAACAGGACCAGGAGGAGGGAUGAAAGAAAACUAAUCAAAGCCAAGAGCAACAUUGAGCCGUGUCCAGAGUGCGGCCAUUUGAAGCAGAACCACAUCCUGUGUGGCUUCUGUUACGAAAAGGUCCGCAGGGAGACGGCCCUGAUUCGUGGACAGAUCAAGGCAAUGGAAGGCGGGCCCCUGAGGGCCCCCACCGUGGAGACCGUCGUCCUGUAUGAGGGGGAAACGCAGAGCGAGCAGGACAGAGGGAAGAGGAUAGUGGAGCGGUCCAGGAAGAGACCCGCCUGGUUCAGCUACUGAUACGGAGGAUGUUUAGGCUUUUUUGAUGAUAGGAGUGUGUAUGUUUGUUUUUCACAAUCACAUUUGUUGUAAGAAGUAACACAAGUUUCUGCUUUUUCCUGAUUAAACCGGUUCUUGUAAAUGAAUACGACAGAAGAACACGAUGUUUGAAUGAACAAAAGUAAAGUAAUUCAAUAAGAAAAAA